AAAAACAGUCCCGUUGUUUCGGACGAUUUUUCUCUGCAGAGCGUUUUUCUUAUAAAAUUUUUAGUAAUUUUUGGAGGAAAUCCUAUUCAAUCGAUAGGUAUUAGCAAGUUUUAGUGAAUCCGAAAGUGACAAUGGAUUGCACCGAGCCGGAAAAGUGUUUCACCUGUUUUCGCCGGACGGACAAUUUUGUUCGGAUCACCAGCAGGGCGACCGACAGCGGCGAAAAUCUGGAGGAAAUCUUUGUCAAGCACUUCUGGUUUACUAAGGAACAGUUUGUGCAGAAAAUAGUGUGCAGUAGUUGCUGGGAGCGCAUCGAUGAUUUCCAUCGAUUUUACUGCGAGGUCGAGAAGGUUCAUUGUGCGCAAAUCAAAGUGGAGUUGUUGGACGAUGAGCUGCAGAAGGAGCAAACGGUUCAGAUGGAAGAUGAACAGGAUGACGAUGAGCCGUUGGUGUUUGCGGAGGCUUUGUGCAAAGUGGAGCAUAAAGUAGUUAAGGUCCCGGAAAAGAAGGAAGGUGAUGGUGAAGACGACGACGAGCAAGAUGGGAUUGAUGAUGACGAUGGCGAUGAAGCGUUCGACGCGGUAAAAGGUUCCGACUCCGAAUCGGAACUACCAUUAGCAAAGCGAAAAACCACGAGAAAGACAACGCCGAAAAGGACAACGGCUACUAAAAACAAAAGGAAUAAAAAAAAGAGGAAUUAUACCUAUGCUUUGCGCUGUAAGCUUUGUAGCGGGCAAGGAAAAGAAGAUAAGGUUUAUGAUACGUUCUAUCGACUCCAGAAGCAUUUCAGCGAAAUGCACGCAUGUCCGGCUUUUGCUGUUUGCUGCCAAGUAAAGUUAACAAGUCGCCAUCAGCUGGAUUAUCACUUCCGGACACAUCAUCCGUCCAAUGGGAAGGGGAAAGCGAAAACUUACGACGAUAAGCAACUUUCCAGACGUUGCAACGAGUGCAACGUUUACUUCAAGCAUGAGAAGGGCCUGGCCAAGCAUAUGUUCCUGAUACAUACUCCCGACGAGAGCAAGCAGUUCAAGUGUGACCUCUGUGUGAAGGCGUUUGCCGACGAGGAGUUGCUGCGGAUUCACGUCAACUGGCAUUUCGAGGUCCAACAGAAGGAUCAUUACUGUGAGCCAUGCGAUCGAUACUUCGUGUGUGCGUACAAUCUGAAGGUCCACAAGGAAAAGCAUCACCUGAUGACGACGGCUGCUGGCGCGGAGCAAGAGAAGGCAGUUGAGAAGAUUGAGCCACAGGCUCCCGCUCCUAAUGCUGAUGACGACGCCUCGAACGAUUCGGAUCAAUCGGAGGCGGAAGUUCUCACUGCCAGAGGCCGUAGAUGGACACCGGAAGCCGUUGCCAAAGAGGAGGAAAUAAUCCACAAGGUUCUCACCCUGACCUGUCCCGUUUGCGAUGAGAUACUCGACACUUUCCAGCUGCUGAAGAAGCACUGCCGAGAAAAGCAUAACCAAAAGUCCAUAAAAGUGUUUUGCUGCGAGCGAUCAUUUGGUCGGAGAUCUCGUCUGUACGAGCACUGCCUAAGUGUCCACGUUAAGCCGGACGCCUUCGAGUGCGAACACUGCGGUCGGCGGUUCACCGAAAGUUCCGGCCUGCAGCAUCACAAGUGGUGGAUGCACACUCCGGCUUCGGAACGUCCGUUCAAGUGCGAUAUUUGCGGGCAUACCUUCAUGAAGGAAUAUCUUCUCAAACAGCACAUCAAUCGACACGUUGAGCAGGAACGGAAAUCAUUCACGUGCAAGGAAUGUGACCGGACACUAUCGACCGCGUCCCAGCUGAAGGCCCACAUGCAAUCACUGCACGGCGAACCCAGCACGUGGGUAUGCGACGUCUGUGCCAAAGGUUUUGCGCAUCGGUCGCUGCUGGAACAACACCGGUUGGCGCACACCCCCGAAGGACUGGCCAAGAUCAGCGAACAGUGCCAAAAGUGCCACAAGUGGUACAACAACCGGAAAAGCUUCAUCAAACAUCGGCGCCGCUGCGGAUUGCACGAUCCAGUCCAGUGCACGCUGUGUCCCCACGUGGCCGUCAACGACCUGGCGAUGAAAUCUCACCUGAAGCUGCGGCACACCGCCCGGCCCAAAUAUCCGUGCGCGUACUGCGGGAAGGAGUUCUCGCGGGAACUGCGAUUGAAGGAACACGAAGCGAAUCACGCCGGAAUUGUGCUGUACAAGUGCGAGUACUGCCCGCGGAUGUGCAACUCCAGCUCGAACAUGUACACUCACAAAAAGGUGGCCCACCCGGAGCAAUGGGCGAAGAAGAUGGCCGCCCGCUACGCACCGCCACCAGCAGUGGCCGCAGCGGCAGCCGCUGCAGCUGAGGUGCCUCAGUGAGCAACGGUGUGAAAUUAAUCUAUAAGUUAGAUCACGUGGUA